AUGAUUCCUUUGAGAACAAGAUCCUUCUUCGUUGCAUUGUUCAUCUCGGUGAAUGUUUGUGCGGAUAAGAUUUUCCUGACGGACAUCACAGACAGCGCCAUUUAUGUGGGCGACAACAGCGGACCGAACUUUUUCUCAUCUUCCUUCCAGAAGCUGCCUAUUUCUGGGGUUGAGGACCCAGUUGGUGUGGAUUACGAUUACAGAAAUGAAAUGGUCUACUGGACGGAUGAGGGUAGGGGGACAAUCAGUAGGGCUAAACUUGAUGGCUCAAUGCAGGAGGUAUUGGUUGAUGAUUUCGAAGGAGUUGGAUAUCCUGAAGGACUAGUAUUAGAUUUGGAAGAUGAACGGAUGAUUUGGACAGACACCUUGCUUGAGAAGAUUGAAAGUGCAAACCUUGAUGGAUCAUCAAGGAAAACUAUCAUCAGCACCGGUCUUUACCUCCCAUGGAGUAUCACGCUUUCGUACAAGAGAAGGAUGCUGUAUUGGACUGAACAUGGAGAUGACGAGUACAUUAAUUCAAAAAUUGAAAUGGCCAACAAGUAUGGUUUAAACCGUCGUACGCUUGUCUCAACUAGAAUCAAGGAACCCAACGGCGUGGCUUUAGAUGGCCAAGAACAGCGCCUCUAUUGGACAGAAGGAUUUUAUGACGUCAUAGAAUCGAUAGAUCUCGACAAUUUAGAUCGUCAGGUGCAUGUCUACGCAGUGUCUGGUAAUAUAUUACUUUGGGGGAUAUCCCUGUACUUCGAUUCAAUCUACUUUACUGAAUGGGGGUCCUCGAUGCUAUAUGAAGCUGAUCUUGGGGAAGAGGAAAUACGGAACGUUAGCGUCCAUGCAUUUCCUGUUCAUGUAAAAGUAUAUGCAGAUCUCACCUGUCCACAUCCGAGCGAGUGUCAAGGACACAGUACGUGUGAGUUGAUCGCAUAUGAGACGCCAUCCUGCACUUGCCUGCCAGGGUAUACUGGGUCAACGUGUAAUGAUGAAAUCACAUGCCCUCUACCUUCUAAUGUGAAUCCCGAUACCCAUUUUGAGGACCCCAGUCCAAUAUACUAUAACAGCCAAACUCUGAUUGAAGUCUGUGAUAACGGCAACGACAGAAGAACGCAUGUCUGCAAUGGGUUCACGGGCGAUUGGUAUACAACUACAUUGAUCGACUGUACCAAGUCUGGUUCUGGACUACCACAAGGAGCGGUGAUUGGUAUCUCAUGUGGUUUUGCUGUCCUAGCCGUUUUAUUCUUGGCAGUGUGUUGGAGAGCAUAUGCAAGCUCUCGUAGGCCGAACCUAACUACAUUGCAGAACCCCAUUCCUACAGCAAGCUACCCGGGCUCUAGUACCCAGGUCCAGGGGAGGUCAACGGUGAUAGUGGCUCCGCCAGGAGCCGUUGGAGGGGCGCCUAUGGCCCCUCCUGUUCCACAAAAAGGUCAGAUCCCAAGUGGACAGUUGGCCCCUGUCGAAUUGCCACCUCCAGAAUACUCCUAUGUAGUAUAUAGUGGAAGCAAUAACUAGCCUAUCAAACACGAAUUUUAUGAAAAGGACCCCCUAAAUUCCUGAACUAUCGGGUCUGGACAGGUAACCCGACCAAUCGAUAAUUUUGCUAUAAUUAAAAAAAACAUCGGAUAAACUGGACCCGACCUUUUAGGAUUUGGAAAGCCUUUU